AUGGACGAUCUCUUCCGGGAGAUGACGAACAAACUUCUUUCCACUUCCACGAACACGGCACGAGAAACACCUGCUCCUGAAAGCAAUGCAUUCGAUUGCUCCAAAGAUGGAACUGAUCAAGUGGACUUAGCCCAAAGAAGUUCUCCCGGGGAGGAUAUGUUCCUGUGCAUGAAGUCGUUUGCUCUCGUUGAAGAAGCCAUCGGCUCCUACCGUUGGGGCGUCGCCAAAAAGAUUCUAGAUCUUGUCCCACCUUGGAUGGCCGAUUUGCCUGCAGCGUUGCACAUGCGAGCCCGGAUAGCUUUUGAAUUAACUGAGUAUAACUGUGCCAAAGACAUCCUUCAGAAGUUACGGAAAUUGUAUCCUCAUCGAACUGAGGGAAUGGAGCUGCUGUCAACUGCGCUGUGGCACCUCCAAGACGCUCAUGAGCUAUCAUCGCUCGCGCAACACUUAACGACUGAGGCUCGGUCAAGACCGCAGACAUGGUGUGUCGCAGGAAAUUGUUUUUCUCUGCAGCGACAGCAUGCAAAAGCGGUCGAUUGCAUGGAGCGUGCGAUACAGUUAGAUCCAUAUUUUGCUUAUGCUUACACCUUGUUAGGACAUGAACUCAUAUUCCAGGAGGAGUACGAUCGAGCUGCGAAUGCAUUCAGGCGAGCGUUAGAAAUUUCUCCUAAAGACUAUCGAGCUUGGCAUGGACUUGGUCUAGUUCAUCUUCGCAAAGAGCAAAUGGGUCUUGCUCAGGUUAAUAUCUCCAAAGCCGUUACAAUUAAUCCGACAAAUCGAGCGAUGCUAUGUCAGUUGGCACAAAUAGAACAAGCUCUUAAUCGUCCAGAAAGAGCUAUGCGGUUAAUCGAUCGAGCGUUGGCUUUGGAUCCCGAUGAUGUAGCUUGUCGUUAUAAUAGGGCUCGACUACUUUUUGAUACAAAACACAAUGAGGAAUGCGUUAAGGAGCUCAAUGAGCUAAAAGAAGUUUCACCCGAUGAAGCGUACAUCUACCAUUUAUUAGGCAAGGUUCAUAGACGACUAGGUAAUAAUCACCUGGCGCUGUUGAACUACAGCUGGGCUACGGAAAUGGAUCCAAGAGGAGAGCAAAUGUUGGGUCAUGCGGGAGAAAGGUCGUACGAUGAUGACGAUCCAUCUCCUACUGCUAGCUAG